CAUUGGAAGUGUCCAGAUUGUAAAGUUAACCCUUGCCUGGACAACCACAUCUGCAAUGCUGACUGCUGUAUGUAGCUCUUUGGGAAACCAACAAUCGGAGGCUCCUGGAUCACCAGCCACCUCUGAGCUGUCCCUUAAAUCAUAUACCAUCCCAUCAGACCCUGAUCCAGGAUUAUCUCUUCAACAAGAGCCUCCCCAAGAACCACCCUACAGCCCUUCGGAGAGAUACACCUCUCUUUCCUCUGUUCGAAUCCCCUGUCAAACCUUUGCUGGCAGGGAAUCUGCCGAAAGCACUUCAUUCACCAAAUUUCUGCACCCAUCUCUUGAGAUGUCUCAUCCAUACGAAUCAUGGAUGAGACCUCCGGCCUCAGGGGGUCCUGGUGAAGAGACCGGUGUUCCUUCAUGGUGGGAUCUCCAUGCUGGUUCCGGUUGGAUGGAUAUGCAGCCUGGACCUGGAGGCUUUGCUACAACCUCACCCCACCAGGCCCCUUUGGGUGGAUAUGGCACUGAGCUGUGUAUUCCCCCUGUGCACAUGCUGCCUCCCACACCUCAUCUCAUGGGAACAUUAGAAGCCACGAUGGAAUCUCAUGCUGCUGAACAAAGUUCAGAUGGUUCUCCUCGUCCCAAGGGUGCCAGACGAGCAAUGCCACGUAGUGCUGCCCAAACCGCCUGUCGUUGCCCUAACUGCCAGGAAGCAGAACGUAUUGGCACCAGUGGAGAUGUAACUAAAAGAAAAACCAUGCACAAUUGCCACAUCCCCGGAUGUGGAAAAGCCUAUGCCAAGACCUCCCAUCUAAAGGCUCACUUACGCUGGCACAGUGGUGACCGUCCUUUUGUCUGCAACUGGCUGUUCUGUGGCAAGAGAUUCACCAGGAGUGAUGAGCUGCAAAGACACCUACAAACCCAUACAGGGGCAAAAAAAUACCCUUGCCCUUCUUGUAGCCGCGUGUUCAUGAGGAGCGAUCAUCUUACCAAACAUAUGAAGACCCACGACGGAGAGACCCGGGGAUCAACAGAGACUAGUAAGGCCAAAAGGGAGCCAGAAGAGAGUACUAGUAGUCAUACAAACUGAGACUCCUUCCCGUCUUGAUAAGAAAGUUCUGUAGGGGUGCGAGGUGUCUUUUCCAACGUGAUCCUCCACAGUACAGUAUUGUGGGGAAGGUUCCAUCGUGUUUUAAUUUAUUUGUAGAUAGACCAUUGCCUCCAAAAUAACCACAUACCACGGUGGAGGAGCGGAGGGGGGAGGUAGAGAGAUGGGCCAAUAGACGCAGCAGACAGACAUUGAGCCAGGAUAAUCUAGAGGACAUUAUAGAGGCAGAAUAAGAGAACAGACAAUAGGCAAAUAACAAAGGAGAAUCCUCCGUAGAGCUUGUAGUUCUGCAAUACUAGAUAAUCACAAGAUGCUUAAAAUGGUUUUAUAGAUUUUGUCUUGUUUAAAAUAAGAUACGGCAUGCACUGAAUUUUAUACAUUUUUCAAAAGCUUUGUUUUAACUCUUUAGCUUCCAGAGUACAUGGAUUAUAGGGAACACCCACUGUUCUUUGCUGUUAAUCUGUUUUUUUUUUUUUUGUUGGUUUUUUUGAGUCUCCUCGUGUUAUGGGGGGAAUGUCUCUAUAAAACUGGGUGUGGAAGGAUACGGGCAGAGAACACCUCCACGCCCAGAAAAGCACCGGCACGCACUGGCUGCACCCAGGGGACCUGUAGGGUGCUUUAUUAACUCUUUCUCUGUUUAUCCUGUUUGAACCCAGGUGAUCUGUAAGCAAAUGCACUAACCACAUGGUGCUUUCAUGGUGUUUCUUCUGCCAAGGACUCUGCUUGCUUAGGUGAAUGCAAAAUGUAGCUGUCUUGUGUCUUGUGACAACAUUGCUUCUAAAUGUAUUUGGCAUUGUAUGUGUGUCUGUACAGUGGUCCCUCAAGUUACAAUAUUAAUUGGUCCCAGGACGACCAUUGUAUGUUGAAACCAUUGUAUGUUGAGACCAGAACUCUAGGGAAACCUGGUAAUUGGUUCUGAAGCCACCAAAAUGUCAGCCAAAAAUAGGAAAAAGUGAGGAUUAAAGAAAAAUAAGUAGAUAAAUAAUACAGAUAAAGCAAGUCCUUACAUAUAAAAGUAAUAAAGAUCUGCUGAAAGCUGUAAUCACUGUCUAUA